UGAGCCAAAAGUCGCAUUCAAAAUUCUGGAAACUUGCAGGAAAAUUAGUGCCAGAAAUCAAGCACAUCCAAGCGAUAAAAGUGAGACAAUAUCCAGCAGUUCGACUUGUGAGACUCCUUUGCAUGGAAAUUGUGAAGUUGGAUUACUCAAAAGCUGCAUCAAUAUUUAGAGAUGCACUGGAAGUUGCAGCAAUUACUGGGGUUCGUGAAGUUGUUGAAGAGAUUUUAUGUUCGUGUCCUGGUGCAAUUUAUCUUAAAUAUGAUCUUGACCGGUCGAUUUUCCAUCUUGCAAUUGCGAAUCGUCGUGCAAAUAUUUUCAAUCUGAUUUAUCAAUUCAAUGAAUUUAGCAACCUAUUGAUCUCCAGAGUAGAUAAGUCAAAGAAUAAUUGUCUACAUUUGGCUGGAAUUUGGAAAGUCAACAGAAACUGA